AUGGUUUUACAAGAACACAUUGAACAAUAUGGUAAUUACUUACAAGGGGAUUCCGAUUUUGUGGAACCAUUUUUAAGUGGGUCUCAAAAUCCUUCAAUGCCCAUCCAGUCUUUACCGAAAGUUGAAAUUGUCACCUCUAAUCCAACAAAACGUGGUGGCAACUUCAGUGUAGAUGAGGACCUCCUCCUCAUCUCUGCAUGGCUUAACAUUAGCAUGGAUGCUAUGCAUGGUACUGAACAAAAGGGUGAAAAUUUUUGGGAGAAAAUUUGGGAAUUUUUUUGCAAGAAUAAUACUUAUGGAACCACACGUACUAGUACCUCCCUAUCAAGUCGAUGGGGAAAUAUUAAUAGGGAGACAAGUAGGUUUGCUGGGUUCAUGGCUAAAGCUAAAGCCCGAAAUAGAAGCGGUGCGACUGAUGAGGACAAGAGUAUACCUAAGGAAAUAUCAAAAGGGCUCCCUCAAACUCCAAGUUCAGUUGAUCAAGUUGAUAGUAAUGAUGAUGACACAGUGGUGCUAAAGAGACCAAUUGGUCGAAAAGCCGAAAAGGCCAAGCGAAAGAGGAUAGAUGGUGAUAAGGGUUUUGAUGAUUAUUUGGCAAAAAAAUUGCACUAUAUUCAGGCAUCACAUGAACAAGACAAAGAGGCUCUUCGCAUCAAAGCGGAAAGGAUUCGUCUUGAAACUAUUAGGGAGGAGGGAAGAAUAAUGACCAUGGAUACAAGUGGCAUGAAUGACAAAGAAAAACUUUAUUUUGAAAAUCUCAAGGAUCAAAUCCUUGCAAGACAAGUUGGGUUUGACCCAAGGAACAUGUAG